GAUGGGAUCCCCCUGGAGCCUCCCCGGGGAUCAGAUCCCGCAGUGGAACCUGGCUGGGGGUGGGAUCCCCCUGCAGCCUUCCCCCUGUGACCUCAUCUCCAUGGACACAGCUCAAACACACCGGCUCCAGGGCCAGCAGCAAACCGGGAGCACCGGGACCUGGGAAAACCUGGGAGCGGGGAAGUUUUACAGUUUGGUUGGGAUAUGGCAUCCAAAACAAAGAAGAGCAAGGAUGAGGAGGCAUCCCAAGAAGCAAGUGACACAGAGGACCCCGUCCGGGAGAGGAAGCUGCACCUGCAGGAGGAAUGCAGGGUCCUCACACAGCACCUGGACACCUACCUGGGAAGAGCGGAGCAGCUCCUGCGGGGCAGCAAACGCCUGGCAAAGGAAGCCCAGGGCACUCGGGAGCAGAGCCAGUCUUACCUGCGCUGCGGGGCCAAGCUCAGCCAGGACCCGCCCGGCAUGCUCAUCACCCUGAACGACCAGAACUGCCGGGACCUGGCCCAGAUCCAGGCGCAGAAGGAGGAGCUGGUGCCACGCUACGCUGGCAAGGAGCAGCAGGUGAGGAGCGCCCUGAAGGACACGGAGGCCGAGGCCUCGCACCUGGACGCGGAGCUGCAGCAGCUGCAGCCCUACAGGGAGCAGAAGGUGCAGGCGGAGCAGAAGGUGAAGGCGCUGGAGAAGGAGCUGCGGGUCACCAGGAUACGCUGCGCUGAGGAAACCCACGCCAUCAGGAGCAGGUUCCUGCAGGAGAAGGCCGACUGCGAGCAGGAAUUCCAGCAGAGGAUGCAGCAGCUCACCUGGGGAGCGGAGGAGGUGGCGCUGCAGGCUCUGAUCCAGCACGUGGAACAGGUGAAAGCCGAGAACAGGCUCCUGCGCCGCGAGCUGCUCGGCCUCCUCCAGCACUGCCAGCUCCUCAGGAACACCAGAAUCCAGCUGCAAGACCAGCAGGAGCAGCUGCUCCGGGAGAGCCAGUGUGCCCAGCGGGCAGCACUGCCCACAGCGGCACGGCGCCGCAGGGACAGGGACAGCCUACCCCGCUCACCUGUCAGGGCAGGCCACUGACCCCAAACCACUCGGCCCCGACCUGGAGGAACCAAACAGGGAAGCAACCAAAUCCUUCUGGCAGUGGAAGCACCAAGGGCUUUGAGCUCUUGUCACAAGGAUCCGUAAAAUAUAUUUAUGGACCAGA